AUGGGAGCACAGGAUAUUCGCCUGUCCAUUAUCAGCGGGCCUUCGGAGCCUGCAUUGGUCAAAUGGACCUUUAACGACCUCAUAGCCAAACAGGCAAAGGGUAUGCCAGCUUCUGUGGCUGUGGUUUCACAGCACCAAAACAUUAUGAUGUCAUACCAGGAGCUGCAGCAAAGGUCCGAGCAGUUGGCAAUGGGGUUGAUCGCUCUGGGUCUCACGAAGGGAGAUAGUCUGGCAGUCAUGCUGGGGAACCGCAUUGAAUAUGUCGAGAUAUUCUUCGCCUGCUCCAAAGUCGGCGCCUAUGUGACGCUGAUGAACUAUGCUUAUUCGGCGCACGAAUUGACCGCUGCGCUCUCUUCGACAAAAAGCAAGCUACUACUCACCACCGCCAAAACAUCUCGGUAUGAUUAUAUGUCAUCCUUACAAGCAGUAGAAAAGAAAGUUCCCUUCCUGAAGCGAAUCAUAAUUCUCGACGAUAUCAGCCAUCGGGACAGAGAUGUCGUCUUACCUGGAUCCUGGCUCACAUACCAGGCUUUAGUCGAUACAGCGGUUGCCAUCAACAUUGAUUGGGCCUCAAGAGAGAUUAUCGAAUGCAAUGAUAUCUUGAAUUUGCAGUUCACGUCUGGAAGCACCGGUGCCCCCAAAGCUGCGGCAUUGACUCACUUUGGGAUGAUGAACAGUGCUCGCUAUCUGAGCAUAAAAAUGAAGGUGAAGAAGCAGGAUAUCAUUGCUAUUCCUGUGCCACUCUUCCAUGCGUUUGGAUUGGUUAUGGGUCUUUGUGUGUCUAUGGUGGCAGGCACCACCGCCGUAUUCCCGUCUGAGUACUUCGAAGUCGAUUCCACACUAAGAUCAGUAGAGAAAUACCAAUGCACGGGAAUUUACGGAGUGACCACAAUGUUCCUUGAUGAGAUGGCUCACCCCGACUUUAAAAAAGCCAAUCGCUCUACACUCAGAUUCGGAAUCAUGGCCGGCUCAAGCAUGCCACACAGCCUCUUAAGCCGCAUCAUCAACGAAUUUCCCGUCCGCGAGCUAUUCACAAACUGGGGUAUGACGGAACUCUCAUCCGUCGCCACAAUGACCACAUCCCAAGACCCAAUAGUCAAGAAAAUGAAAACAGCAGGCCGACUUCUACCGCACUUCAUCGCGAAGAUCAUCAAUGUGGAAACAGGUAUGCCUGUUCCCUGGGGCGUGCGAGGGGAGGUCGUCGUGGGUGGAUUCGGCGUUAUGCAUUCUUAUUACGGCGAUGAAUCACGCACGAGCCAGGCUAUUCGGAUCCACGAAGAGGACCUUCUACCGGGGCACGCGGGACGAGAUGAAAAUGGGGAUUUGCGUCGCUGGAUGCAUACGGGAGACGAGGCCUAUUUGGACGAAGAUGGGUAUUUUGUCAUAACUGGACGGAUCAAGGAUCUGAUUAUCCGUGGUGGUGAGAAUAUCUCGCCGCUGGAGAUUGAGGCGCGGUUGUUUGAACAUGCUUCUAUUCAGCAGGCCGCUGUUUUUGGCGUGCCAAGUGAUCGGUAUGGAGAGGAAGUAGCGACAAUUCUGGAGUUGAAGGAUGAUGAGAAGAGGCGUCCUUCAGACUCUGAGAUUCGAGAUUGGGUACGGCAGACUUUGGCGAGGUAUAAGGUUCCUGUUCAUCUAUGGUGGUUGGGAGAUACUAGCAAGGGCGUUCCUGCGAUAUGGCCCAAGACGGCGAACGGAAAGCUGAAGAAAGUCGAGAUCAGAACCAUUGCAGAAGGCAUCCUCAAGGCCCAAACAAAAACCGCCGUUCCUCUCAUACGAUCGAAUAUGUGA